ACAUAAAGGCUGCACCUGCAAAGUAGAAUAAAGAAGUUCUCCCCUUUGAUGUCAAGUAUACAUCAUUUACUUCUUCCCAAGACACCAUUUUGUACUCUCCAACAAAAUUCCACUUCUACAAAGAGAUAAACACAAACUGCUGAAAUCCACAGUACUAAAAAUGGAGAGAAGAAUCACUCUCGUAUCUCACAUUCCCUUCCUCUUGUUCUUAUUCCUCUCACUUUCCACUGUUUCACGAUCCGUGACAAGCGAAAACCCGUUUACAGCCAGAGCCUCAGUCAUCAGGUACUGGAACAACCACGUCUCCAACUCCAAACAGCCCCUAAAGCCACCCCCUAAUUUCCUUUUAUCAAAAGCAUCCCCUCUCUCCGCCGUGGAAACGGCGUUUUUCGCAAGACUCGCCGCCCAGAAAGCACUGUCGUCCCACCUCUCCGCCUUCUGCUCCGCCGCCAACUUGUUCUGCCUCUUCGACGACGCCCCAAUGACGACGACGUUGGACAAACCAAAUGCCGACGCCGACUUCGCGUUGUACAACAACAAGAAGUUUUCCAACUACGGAACGUCGCGGGUCGCGCGCGCCGACGUGUUCAAGAACUACUCCGACGGUACUCUUUUGUUUCAUUUGUAAAAAAUCCUGUGCCAAAAUUUGAAUCCUUCGCGUACGUACGACCCAUAAUUACUAUUCUCAUUAAAAUGGAGUUGUAACUCUGUUUGCUAGUACUUAUAAUUUAAUUUUUUUUUAUGGACA